AUGGAGAAUAUCAUCAGCGAGGUCGUUAAGAGAUCCUCUUCGGGCCCGGCUUCGAGCACGAACGGCACCGGCGGCAACAACGGCGGAAACAACGGCGCAAAAGCCGCCAUGGCCGCACUCUCCUUCGAAUACGCCAAACUCGUCAACUACAGCUUCUCCCUUGCCGUCCUCAUCUUUACGGUCGUCUACGCCUACCGUCUUCUCACUCUUCGACUCUCCGGCACACCCUCUUCCAAGAUGGGGAGUGUUAGGAGGGUUGUGAGGACGCCGGGGGUGGUGUGGAGAAGGUGGAUGAUGAGGACGACGAGGGUGGGGAAGGUUGGGUUGUGGGUUGCUUGUGUGGUUUAUUUGGGGUUGAAUUUAUUGUUUGUGUUGAAUGAGACUGGGGGGACGGAUUUGAAGCGUGUGGCUAAGCGUUUCGGACGUAUCGCCGCGGCAAACUUCCCCCCUCUCUUCUUCCUCUCGAUGAAGAAUUCCCCCCUCGCCCUCUUCAUGGGCCUCUCUCACGAAAAAGCCAACGUCCUGCACCGCUGGGUCGGCCGCGCAAUGCUCCUCUACGUCUUCCUCCACACCGUCCUCUACUCCUACCUCUACACCUCCCAAGGCCAACCCGAGCGUCUCAAGAAAACCACAAACGUCAUCGGCUUCGUCGGAUUCGCCGCGUGUAUCUUUCUGAGUUUCGGAAGUGUGAGGUGGUUGAGGAACAGAUUCUACGAGAGCUUUUAUUUGGUGCAUUUGGCUAUGGCGGGCGUUAUGCUUGGGGCGAGUUGGAAGCAUGAUAAGAGUUGUGUUGUUUGGGUCAAGGCGAGUAUUGGGAUUAUUUGUUUGGAUCGGGUGUUUAGGUGGAUGAGGAUUGGGGUGGGUGCGCCGUUCCGCAAAGCCAGUGUCGAAACAUAUCCUGGAGGGAUUGUGGUGUUGAGGAUUGAGAAGCCGAAAGGGUUGAGUGUGAUGAGGAGGUGGGCGCCUGGAUCGCAUUGUUUCUUGAGUUUGCCGGCGUUGGCGCCGGGUCAGGGACAUCCGUUUACCAUCAUGUCUACUUCUGAGGAUGACUCGAUUGAUAUCUUGAUUCGCGCUCGUUCGGGUGCCACAGGAACUCUCUACAAGAAGGCUUUGGCUGGUGCGCAGACUGUGCCCGUGUGCGUUGAUGGACCUUAUGGACAUUGUGCUGCGUUUCACCGCUACGAAACCGUCCUCCUCAUCGCCGGAGGAACUGGAAUCACCUUCUCCAUCACUGUCGCCAGAGACUUGGUCCGUCGCCGUGUCGCGCAGACGGGGAUCUAUACCAAACGCGUCAAAUUCAUCUGGGUCAUCACAAACCGCGCACACCUCUCCUGGGUCCGCAAUGAGCUGGCAGGGAUGUUGGCCGAUGCACCCAAUGACUUUUUGGACGUUGAGAUUAGGGUUACGAGGGAACAGGCGCUCGUUGCUGAACAUCCUGAAAAGAAGCCGCAGUUGUUGCCAGAGGCGAGGGAGGUUACCUCUAGCGCAUCUUUGGACACUGAGUCUACUGCCGACGAGUCUCGUGAGGGCGAUGUCACUGAGGUGCCUUCAUCCACUGAGGGUUCCUUGCUUUCAUUGACGGACAAAGAGGGUAUUAGCCAGUUCGCCUCGUACGUCUGCUUUGGACGUCCGAAUGUGCUGGCGUUGGUUGAGAUGGCUGUGGCGGAGGCGAGUGAGUUGGGUAGGAUGGCGGUUGGUGUUUGUGGGCCUUCUACGCUUAGUGAUGAGGUUGCAAAUGCUGUCAGUGCGAACAUGACUGCUGAUAGGGAGAUUGAUACUUUUGUGGAGAGUUUCGGGUGGUAG